CAACUGCGGGAACUCAGAGUCUCCUGGAAGCAUGGUGGUGGUGGUGGUGUUGGUUGUGGAGAUGGUGGUGGAUGUGGAGGUUUUGGAGGAGGAGGUGGUGGUGGUGGAGGUGGAGGUGGAGGUGGAGGAGGUGGUGGACGAGAUGGUGGUUGUGGUGGUGGCGGUGGCGGUGGUUGUGGAGGUAGUGAAUGUGGUAGUGAAAGUGGUGGAGUUGGAUGUGGAAGUGGAGGUGGUGUCAUUUUUUAA